GUAGUUUGGCGUAAAUAGCUCUUGAAUAUCUUGCAAUUUUGGGCAAAGGCACUGCUGGGUUAGCAUGUGCUACGUGUACAAUAUUUACUGUACACUCAUUAGUCCGUACACUCUGCUCCGCUAGUAAUCCAAAUCCUGCCGCACUGCACCAGACUGUCAAUCGCAGAGGAGGAUCGGAUCCAAAGCCCGCACGCAUUCCCAGCAUCCGCCACACUGACAGAGUUCUCGGUCUCCAGCUUUGCUCUCCACUCUCGCGAGCCACCUCCCGACGGAUCGCCGACCAGCCCGGAGGCCGUCCGGCCGCCGCUCACUGUCUCCGGCGACCCGCACCCACCCUACAGCUAGCCGUCGUCAUGCGGGCAGCAGCGGCGUCCCUCUCCCUACUACUACCCCACCUCCUCGUCGUCCUGCUGCUGCUGCUGUCCGCCGUGCCCAAUGCCCUGUCCAAGUCCACGCUCGAGUCCUGCGCCUCCUCCACGGCCUGCCCGGCGCUGCUCUCCUACACGCUCUACGCGGACCUGAAGCUGGCCGAGCUCGCGGCGCUGUUCGCCGCCGACCCGCUGGCCAUCCUGGCCGCCAACGCCAUCGACUUCGGGGUGCCGGACCCUGCCGACCGCAUCCUCCCGGCGGGUCUCCCGCUGCGCGUGCCGGUGCCGUGCGCCUGCUCGGACGGCAUCCGCAAGGCCACCUCCGUGCGGUACGUGGCCCGGGCGGGCGACACGCUGGCGUCCGUCGCCGCCUCCGUCUACGGCGGGCUCACCACGGCCGACUGGAUCCGCGACUCCAACGGCAUGCCCGACGACGCCGCGCUCGACGCCGGGACCACGCUGUUCGUGCCGCUGCACUGCGCCUGCUUCGGCGGCGUCGACAGCGGCGCCCCCGCGGUGUACCUGACGUACGUGGUGGCCGAGGGCGACACCGUGCCGGCCAUCGCGCGGAGGUUCCGCACCACGGGGAACGACCUCAUGAGCGUCAACGACAUGGCCACCGCCGACGUCGCCGCCGGGGACAUCAUCGUCGUGCCGCUGCCAGCAUGCGCGUCGUCGUUCCCGGCGUUCACGUCGGACGCCGGCCUGGCCGUGGCCAACGGGACAUACGCGAUCACCGCCAACCGCUGCGUCCAGUGCAGCUGCGGCCCUGGAAACCUGGACUUGUUCUGCGUGCCGGCGCCGCUGGCGGACUCGACGUGCUCCAGCAUGCAGUGCAGCAACAGCAGCAUGAUGCUCGGCAACUUCACACUCCAGAUGACCAGCGCCGGCUGCAGCGUCACCUCCUGCAGCUACGGCGGAUACGUCAACGGGACCAUCCUCGCCACGUUAACCACGUCACUGAAACCCCAGUGCCCAGGCCCACACCAGUUCCCUCCGCUGAUGCCACCGCCGACGUCGUCGUUCUUCGAGACGUACCUCGGCCCGUCACCGACGCCGAUGGCAUCUGAAGGCGGCAUUGGUCCGCAGAUGGCUGCCAUGGCGCCGACGAGCAGCCCGCCGGCGAGUUCAGGCGGUCCUCCGAUGGCAGGAUCACACGGCAGUGGCGGUCUUGCGCUGGUCGCUCUCUGCCUCGUCGCCAAUCUGCUGUGGUAGAUGGGCUGUGACUGUGAGAGAACAAUCGAGCAGCACUUGUUCGGAAGGGGAUUCUUUUGUACAGGAGCAGUCGGCCAUUUUUUCUGCGCGGCGAAGCGUGCAAAUUCUUUUUUGUUCUUCAUUCGAUUUGUCGUCCUUGUAAUAUCGCCAACUCAUGCCAAUAAGGGAGCAUUUAUCUAGGAGGGUCGGUGACAAUGUUCGUGUCAA